GCGUUCGCGCUUCCGCGCCACAGUGUGAUUGGUUAACUUGCGGUUGCUAGUGAUUGAAUUUGUUUUGGACAGCUGUGUAGGUUACAUAGCUAGUCAUGUGUUUUUGUUUGCGUUUAGGCUGACUGCUUUAUCUCUCGGCUUUCUGACCUCACGGUAGAAACCAUGCUUUUAUACAUUGCAGCUGUACUUCUGUGGGCUGUUGUAGCUACAGAGACAAAAGCAGUCCCGUCUCUUCCAAAUUUUGGGAACAGCUAUCAUGUCAAAGGAGUGAUUUCUCUGCCAUACGCUGAGAUCAAGGAGCCAUUUGAGGCCUGGUUAGACCUAGCGGCAAAGUCCAGCCGAAUAGACUAUUACCAUGGCCAGGUGUCAACCUACCAGUUGGGGGCAGCGCAGCAGUGGGGUGUCGCCUAUAAAAUCACUCCUGAGACCACGGAGACGGAGCAGAAUGUGAUGAAGUGUUUCCAGGUCAACGGAACGAAGGAUGAAGCGGUCACAUCCCAGGCGUCGUUGCCUGAUGUCGCGGGCUUCCAGUUUCUGAGGAUGGAGUACUUCGGGGGUUCCCUGUGUGAAGUUUGGCAGAAUGUUACCACUGUGGGUUUAAAGAAGAACACCUACACACUGUGGGUGACCCAUGUAGAGAGAGGUGCGGAUGGCAAGGAAGAGCCUGCCACGCCGCUCCAUUAUGAGAUGAUGGGUUACAACACGCUGCUGGGGUCACAUUACGACAAAUACUACGUGGACUACAAAGAGUUCAGCACCCGUGUGGACCCUAAAGUCUUUUCACUGCCUGAAGGUAUGAGCUGUGGCGGAUUUCCUGGCCCAGGAGUGGAGCACCACUUGUUGGCCAAUCCAAUGAAAGAGCUCAUCCACACCUCGGCAUCAGGCCACACAGAGCACAUCUUCAACCAUUUCAAGGACAAGUUCCAGCGUCGGUACAGCGAUGAAAGAGAACAUGAAGAAAGGGGGCACGCUUUUGCUCAUAACCUUCGGUAUGUCCACUCCAAGAACAGAGCAGGGCUGUCCUUCUCUCUGGCUCUCAACUCUCUUUCAGAUCGCACCAUGUCGGAGCUGGCCACCAUGAGGGGAAGGAAACGAGGAAAGACCCCAAACAGAGGGCUCCCCUUCUUCUCAAAGCUUUACGAAGGAGUGAAAGUACCUGAGUCCCAUGACUGGAGGCUUUACGGUGCUGUGACUCCAGUCAAGGACCAGGCCAUCUGUGGCUCCUGCUGGAGCUUUGCCACCACCGGAGCAGUAGAGGGCGCUCUCUUCCUAAAGACUGGCUCCCUGCAGGUUCUGUCCCAGCAGAUGCUGGUGGACUGUUCCUGGGGUUUUGGCAAUAACGGCUGUGACGGAGGGGAAGAGUGGCGAGGAUACGAGUGGAUCAUGAAACACGGAGGCAUCGAGACAACAGAAACUUACGGAGCCUAUAUGGGAAUGAAUGGAUUUUGCCAUGUGAACAAAUCCCAGCUUACUGCACAAAUCCAGAGCUACACCAACGUGACGUCAGGAGAUGCCGAGGCCCUUAAGCUGGCUAUCUUUAAAAACGGGCCGGCGGCCGUCAGUAUCGAUGCUUCACAUCGAUCGUUUGUUUUCUACAGCCACGGCGUCUACUAUGAACCGGCUUGUGGUAAUACAACUGAUUAUUUGGACCAUGCCGUGCUCGCAGUGGGAUACGGCUCCCUGAAUGGGGAGCCAUACUGGUUGGUAAAGAACUCAUGGUCCACCUACUGGGGCAAUGAUGGCUACAUCCUCAUGUCUAUGAAGGAUAACAACUGUGGCGUCACCACUGAUGCUACAUAUGUUACACUGGCAUAGAUGUGUCCGUGUGUGUGUCCGUGUGUCCGUCCAAAUGUGCCACUAUGUGAGUGCCUGAGGAUGAAUGAUGCCUAAUGCUGGAUGUGUUAAGCUGUCAACAUGUGGUUAUCAAAUCAAACUGAGAUACUUUGUGAUAACAAUGUGUUAAUCUUUGCAGUUGAAUAGCUGCAGUGCCUUCAUUUCAGUUGUACAAAAUACAGUACCCGUUGUGACAUUUUUGUUGUGCUUUUUAAUUUGUUGCCUUCAAAUGCACUGGGCUGGAAUCAAUGCAAUAAAGAAAUAGGAAAGUU